GUGGCGUGCAAUAUUAAAAGUUGCAAGUAAAUAAUAAAAAAAGAAGAAAAACAAAACGAUACGAAACGAAACGAAACAAGUCAGCCAAAGUGCCGGCAAAGUGCGUUGGGAUUUCAUUUAAAACGACAAUAAUAAUAACAAUAGCAGUAACAACAACAACACCAACAACGACGCUUUCAUGUUUGUUAUCACAGUGCGCAACCAGUUGAUGAUAACACACAUCACGUAACGACAUCAAGAGAGCAGCAACAACAGUUUAUUAAUAACAGUUACCAAUAGUGUGGCGUGCGUGAGUGUUUGUGUGUUGCCUCCGCCUCCUACUCCUCCUCCUCCCCUCCAACGAUACAUAAACUGGCUGCAUGAAAAACAUCACAAGCGCCAGCACUUGCGGCACAGGGCUGCUGCAAUUGCAGAACAAUCUCAGCAGCAGCGAAUUGGACGUUGUUGGCAAACCAGAAACAGUCGGACCCGGCACCAUACCAUCUCCGUGGACCCCAGUGAAUACCGGUCCUCCGGGUGCCCUAGGAUCGGCAGACACAAAUGGCAGCAUGGUGGACAGUAAAAACCUGGACGUUGGCGACAUGAGCGACGAUGAAAAAGAUUUAUCGUCUGCCGAUGCCGAAGGUGUCUGGAGUCCAGACAUCGAACAAAGCUUUCAAGAGGCACUCUCAAUAUAUCCGCCAUGUGGACGCAGGAAAAUCAUUCUGUCCGAUGAGGGUAAAAUGUAUGGCCGCAACGAGCUAAUCGCUCGUUACAUCAAACUGCGCACAGGGAAGACGAGAACCCGUAAACAAGUCAGUUCGCAUAUCCAAGUGCUCGCCAGACGGAAAUUGCGUGAAAUCCAAGCCAAAAUCAAAGUCGAGCCCAAUGGUGUAUCCUUGCAUUUACUUAAUGAGAAAGAGCAGACCCUGCAGGCCAUGAGCAAUAUGACAAGUUCACAAAUUGUGUCCGCCAAUAAUUUUGCGCUAGCCGCCUCGGCAAUAUCGGCGGGUGUGCACCAUACGAAGCACCAUCUCCCACAUCCUGUCCACCACCAUCAUCAUCACCACCACCAGGUGGGUGUUGCCGCAGCCGCAGCAGCAGCCGCCGCAGCAGCAGCAGCUGCCGCACAGCCAAAUAUGGCAGCAACGUCCUCGUCGUCGUGUUCGUCGUCCACUUCAAUAGCAGCACCGCCGCCAGCGCCGCCAUUGUCGGCGUUGUCGCCGGCAACAGCCCGACAACCACAACAACAGCAACACCAUCAUGCCCAUAACCACACCCAUGCCCACGCCCAUGCACACAGCCACGCCCAUCAUUCCCAUCAUCACAAUAUGCCCCACCAUUCGCAUAGUCAUUUGCAUUCGCACCACUCCCACCACCCACAGCACCACCACCAUGUGGCGGCUGUUGCAGCCGUUUACCACCUACAGCAGCAACAACAGCAGCAGCAACAGCAACAACAACAGCAGCAGCAGCAGCAACAACAGCGUCAAGUUCCAAGUGGUGCAAUCGCUGGCACACCUACAGCAGGUGUUCUGCCACCGCCGCCGCCGCCAGCGCCGUUGCAUCAUCCGCCGAUGUAUCCGGGCCAAUUUUGGCAACCCGGAUUACAGCCAAGCACAUCCCAAGACAUCAAGCCGUUCGCUCAGCCGCCCUAUCCCGCCGGCAAGCCAUCAACGGCUGUCUCCGGCGAUAUCGAAGCUGGUAUUCCGCCCACGCAAUUGCCAUGGGAGGGACGCGCGAUUGCCACACACAAAUUCCGUUUGCUCGAGUUUACGGCCUUCAUGGAAAUCCAAAGAGAUGACAUCUAUCACCGGCAUCUAUUUGUACAACUUGGCGGGAAACCUUCCUUCUCCGAUCCAUUACUUGAGACUGUUGACAUACGACAAAUAUUCGAUAAAUUCCCAGAGAAAUCCGGCGGUCUUAAAGAUCUCUAUGAAAAGGGACCGCAGAAUGCGUUCUAUUUGGUGAAAUGCUGGGCGGAUUUGAAUACGGACAUUACGACCGGUAGCGAAACGGGUGAUUUCUAUGGUGUUACGAGCCAAUAUGAAAGCAAUGAGAAUGUGGAACUCGUAUGCUCAACAAUUGUUUGCUCCUUUGGCAAACAGGUCGUGGAGAAGGUGGAGAGCGAGUAUUCGCGCCUCGAGAAUAACCGAUACGUGUACCGCAUACAGCGCUCCCCCAUGUGCGAGUAUAUGAUCAAUUUCAUACAAAAGCUGAAGAAUUUACCUGAACGCUACAUGAUGAACAGUGUGCUUGAGAACUUUACAAUACUGCAAGUAAUGCGAGCGCGUGAAACGCAAGAGACACUGCUAUGCAUAGCGUAUGUGUUCGAGGUGGCGGCUCAGAAUAGCGGCACCACGCACCACAUCUAUCGCCUUAUAAAGGAAUAG